AGGCUGCCCUUGGCGCGGGUGGGGCCCGCUUCCCGGUGCGCCGUGCGCUGGCGGCGGUGGGAGCCGCGGCUUCGGCCCCGGCGCGGCCCGCCCGGGAGACUCCUGCCGGUGGUGCCUUGGCGGGGAGGGGGCCGAGCUUCUGGCACCCGACGCGAGCCUCCGAGGAGCCAUCUUCGCGGGUAUUUGAGGGAUGUGCCGCGGGAGAAGUCGGCGCGGCCGGUGGCAAAGACCACAAUGAAUGUGGAACAUGAAAUCAGCCUCUUAGUUGAGGAGAUUCGGCGUCUGGGAACCAAAAAUGCCGAUGGGCAAGUGAGUGUGAAAUUUGGUGUGCUCUUUGCUGAUGAAAAGUGUGCGAACCUCUUUGAAGCCCUAGUGGGAACUCUUAAGGCUGCAAAACGACGGAAGAUCAUCACUUAUCAAGGGGAGCUACUUUUACAAGGCGUUCAUGACAAUGUCGAUAUCACUCUGCUGCAGGACUCAUCCAGCGUUUCAGCUAUGCAUUAACGGAAUUGUGCAAGACAGUGACUUGCAACAUCCUCUGAUUAAGGCUAAUCAUUCUACGGUGUUUUGAUGUAUUUUCUAUAUCUUUGUAGUCAAAUGAAAGUGUCCUAUUUUGUAAAACAUUCCCUUUUGUAAUUCUUCCUAAAAUGGUACUGUAUGUUAGUGAGACAAAAGAUGCCAAGUCCUUCUCUUUCCCUUGGGUUUUUUGGGGUUUUGGGUUUUUUUUGGAAUCUCAGGUGGUGCUCUAAAAUAUCUGGUGGUUAUUUUCAGCAUAUGAAGAAGAGGACUGGUAAUUUAAUGUUUACAAAUCAAAAUGUGCCACAAAAGUAUAAAAUAAAAGCACAUACUUAAA